UAUUUUACUCAGGCGCAUGCAUGGGCGUCACUGUGGGUCCUGGAGCAGCUGUCGUCGCUGUUAUUCAGCAUGUGAUAUUGUUGAUGUGAAUGGACGUUGUUAGAUUGAGUUAUGUUUGUAUAAAGACUAUAGUAUUGCUUUUAUUAAACAAUUGACAGUGCUAUCUAUUAGCCAAUGGAGUAUUUUUGUUUUGAACUUUACAGCUAAUAUGUAAUUUAACUUCUCAUACCGCAAAUUUAAGGAGCGACAAAAGUGAAAUGGUUAUAUUUUAGUGUACGUAAAUUAUACUAUAUCAGGAUGUCCUCGAGUGAAGAUGCAGUGAUCUCUGCACGUAGUUCAUGGCUGUGCUCAUCACAGAAACAGCUGUCUGAUGUUCUCACUACAACACAAGACAACAGUCCAAGCGAUGAAUGCAGGUUUAAACAUGACAGGUGUGACCCUGUCUGUCUGGAGAGAGUUGAGGAGGGCUUGCCAUGUGUUGUCACGCUUCUGUGCACACCUAACUCUGCAUCUGUGAUCAGCAGUCUUCAGGUCGUCAGUGAAGCCCGCACUAUUGAAGUGUACUCACUGUCUGGAGAAUACUGCGGCACCUGCCGCGGAGAGCAAGUUCAAAAAUCACACAAUGAUGGUUCUGAAGAUAAGAGGCGUUUCUACAGGAAUCAUCUGGUGCUGGAGAUCCCUGUUGCAUCCUGUGAGGUGAAGCUGCUCUCUCUCGGUGGCCGCUCAUCUGUGGCUAUCACCCAUAUGGCUGUGGGACUGGAGAUGCUCAAGGACAGACAAAUUGGGCCGAGUAUAGACCCAGGCAUUGACCUUCAGCGUGUGCAGACCAUGAUGGAGGAGAUGGGCACCACCCUUUCACCAGGAGCGCAGAACCUCAUGGAACUUGUGCAGUGCCAGCAAAAGAAUAAAUCAGACAUGCUCAAUGGAUUCAUUCCUCUGCUCAUGGGAGGACGGGCUUUGAGUUGUUUGCCAAGAGGAGGUGGGGAUUCUAGUUCUGCAGUAGCAGAGUCAGGCCUUGGGCAGCUUCUGAACCAGACCCCCGGAGCCAUGUCUGCCAUGCUGAGCUCUGAAACGGGCACGGUCAAGACAGACCUGCUUCCAGUGCUGCAGAGCGUAUGCGGUCAGGUCACACAGCUCCGACUGGAAGAAGCCACAUCUCCAGAGAGGAAGAAGAAUGGAGAACGGGAGGGUCAUGUUUGUUGUGCAGGGUUUGAGAAAAUUCUGGAGACUGUUGUAGGGAAACGAAUGGAUGAGAUGGAGAGAAGAUUAAAGGAACAUCUGGACCUGCGUCUGGACGCUCUUCAGCAGAGACUGGAGAUCACACUUCAGCAGGCAUUCUCUCAGAAACAACAGCAGUAAACAACAUCCUCCAAAACACAAUACUAACCUGAACACUUUUAGCAAGAUCUCCGUCCUGAGCUUUAAUGACCACUGUAUUAUUCUGUAAAGGAACAUUUCAUUCAUGUCAACUAUCCCUUCACAACAAAAACGGUUGUAACAUUUUUCUUUUGCCUGCAGUCUCUAAAGCUUUGUGUGGAAAUGGUUUAUGGUUUAAUAGCAAUUGCUGCUCUUCAUGUGCACAUCCCAAAGAGACUGUACUUAUUUGGUUCAUGUGGUUAACAGCUUGAUGAGGCGAUUAUCUAAUGCAAGUGCACAAACAGUAUCAGGUGAUUUUCACAAAUCACAGCUACUUGAAGAUCUAAAUAACACUGUUUAUACUAUAUGUAAUAAUUUUAUCUAAACGAUACUACAAACAUUGGUUGCACUGACAGACUGUAAAUUGCCUUUGUGUAGAUCAUGUUCAUGUGUUUAUACUGUUCAUAUUGGAGAACUAAGAACAACAAAAAGAAAGAAAACGAUAUUAAAAAUGUUUAUACUAAAGAA